GGGUUUCGAAAAUAAGUAUGCCGGAGUAUCACCAAUUUUUGAUAUAAUCUUUCCCUUUUCUUGUCAUCCCUUUCGUUUCCUUUUUAUUCUUCAACCAUCCGACUGGGUACUGCCGGCAGUAUCUAUUUUCCAUUCUCUUUAAUUCACUUUCUUUUUCAUUUGAAUGUGUUUAAUAGAUACUGUUUUUUUCCCUUUAGAUUUUAUCGCUCUUUCCUAGUUCUUCCUCUUCAACAUGGGUAUCGGUGUGUUAGAAGAUCGUUACCUGGACAGGCCUCCAGGAACGUCCAAGUUGGGUGAAGACCAGGGGCCAUCCUUCGAUUCGGCAAGCACUAGUGAGUUGAAGAAAGAUGGCGAGAUCAUUCUCGUUCCGCAGCCGAGCGACUCCCCGAACGACCCGCUCAACUGGUCGAUGAUGAGGAAGAAUACGAUCAUGAUCAUCCUCGCGUUUAGCUCAGGUGUUACAACCUCAUUGGGUCCCAUGAUCUCUCCGGGCUUAAUAAUCAUCAGCAAACAGUUUGGUGUUGAUCCCGAUACCGUGUCUACUUUCAUGGUCGGCUCUAUCCUUCUUUUCACCGGCGCAGUUACCUUUUUCACGGCUUCGGGAGCGAACAUCUGGGGAAAGAGACCGUUCUUCGUGAUUUCUACGGUCCUGCUAUUGAUCUCCAACGUUUGGGGCACUUUCGCGGAUUCUUUCCCCUCGCUGGCCGCUAUGCGAAUUUUCCAGGGUAUUGCGUCGGCCCCGUUGGAGACGUUGGUCACGUCCACGGUUUCCGAUCUAUUCUUCGUUCAUCAAAGAGGAUUGCGUCUCUCGCUCUGGGGACUCAUGUUGGGGACGGGCGUUCUGCUAGGUCAGAUUAUCUCUGGGUUCAUCAUCCAGUCGAUGGGCGUCUCUGGAACUUUCGCCGUCAGCGCUCUCAUUUUCUGUCUAAUCUUGCCCCUGAUGUAUUUCGUCGUGGUCGAGACAACGUAUACGAAGCCGCGAGGGCCCGGUAGCGUCGUUGAUGCUCGUCCGGAUUCGCGUGCAUCGUCGAUAGACGAUCUGAAAAAGGACUUGAAAGGCGAUGACCCAGCCAAUGAGCCUAAGGAGGGUUACAAAAGCCAACUACGCCUCUUCCGUGGCCGCCUAUCGGACGAAUCCUUCUGGAAGGGCGUGUUCAAGCCAGUCCCUCUAAUCAUGUUCCCUGCCGUCAUCUUUUCGACUCUCGUCUACGCAUCUUUUUUCUGUUGGCUGUUGAUGAUCGGAGUCUUGUCUGUCAACAUUUUCUCCGAGCCUCCGUACAAUCUCAACCCAGCCCAAAUCGGUCUCACCAAUAUCCCCCUAGCUAUCGGCGCGCUGAUCUUCUCGCCGAUCUCUGGGUGGAUGGCCGAUGCUGUUCCGGUUUGGAUGGCAAAGCGAAAUAACGGCGUUUUCGAGCCUGAAUUCCGCCUCGUCCUCAUGCUUGUUGCCAUACCGAUGUCUACCGCGGGUUUCAUCGGAUUUGGGACGUCAGCUUCGAAGGGGCUGCCGCUCCCCUGGUGUUUGGUGUGGAUUACCAUGCACUCAAUCGCCGUUCCCUUCGCCUCUCAGGCCUCGAUUAGCUACGUCAUCGAUUGCCACACCAAGGAUGCUAACCAGGCCUUCGUGACCAUCAACUUCGUCAAAGCACUGUUGAGCUUCGUUGCUUCGACGGUUGGAAAUGGCCUGCUUGCUAAAUUUGGGCCCCAGACCCUUUUCACGGGGAUCGCGAUGUUGAACUUGGGAAUUAGCCUCCUUACUAUUCCCAGCUACAUUUACGGCAAGAGAUUGAGGAGUUGGGUGGCUAGGAGCGAUUGGGCACAGAAGAUCUAAGCGUUUGGAUAAAUAUCGGGAAAUGGUUAACUGGUGGUAAUUUGUUUUAGGUCAGUAUCACGACGAGCUCCCCGACGAUGAAGGAUUUAGGCCCGUAUCAAGGAUGUCGAGAGAAGGAUUCAUGGUCACCCGCUCCGGCCCAGCGUGCCUUUCUUAUGUCACAUAGAGGACGGAUCCGCUUACAAAUCGACAUCUGCUAUAAUAACAUUCUCGAGCGAUUAAGUUAUACUCGUAGCUUCGUUUUUGGAGACUAUAGGUGAGUUAGUAUUCUUUAGGGGUGAACAUCUAAAUC